AUGUCAGGUCGCGUUCAAAAAUCGAAACAAUCCAAGUCGGCACUUCGUUCUGCUUGUGAAGACGUUUUUUAUCGCUUUGGUUCUGACGACGUUAUGCCGUGUACUUGCUGCUUCCGUGCAAAGCGUACAUGUCGGAUGGCGGAGGGCGCAAAAACUUGUCAGGGUUGUAGAAACCUGAAGCGUCCUUGUGAUGGUCUCGUGGUGGCGUCUAGUCUGAAAAGGCUGAGCGAUCAGCGUCAGGAGUGGGAAGAGAAGGAGGAGCAGGCUAGUGAUGCACUGCUGGAUCUUCAUGAAAAGUUGGCGCGGGUUCAAGCCGAGGUGGCUGAAGCGGCUGGUCGAUUGUCGCGGAUCCGCGCGAUUCGGAAGAAAGUGAAGGAGCGGCAUGUGGAGACGUUUUCUCGAGGGAUGCAGGAGUUAGAGGAGGACGACGUUCUUCCUGCAUUGGAUGCUCAUGAGAGUGGUGUGGUUGGUGAUCUUCAGUUUCAGGGUGUGGAGAACAAUCCGGAUUGGGCGAGUUUUGGCAUUGGCGAGGAGUUUGCGGAUCUUGGCCCUUUGUUGGGGGAUUCGCAGUUGGUGUCUUCCAGUGGUUCUUAG